AUGGCCGAACGCAGUUGGCGCCCAUCAAGGAAGAAAUAUGGAGUUGCAAUAUUCAACUUUUUGGGAAAUGUUAAGAAUGGUUUAAGGCUACAGAUUGGUGAAACUGUUCACAUUUUGGAGGAAUAUGGAACAGGAGCUAAGGGUUGGUACAGAGGCAAGUCUCUCCACCAGAAAGGAACAACGGGGAUUUUCCCAGCAGCCUUAAUACACAUCAAAGAAUGUGAGGUUGACAAUGAAGGUCCCCAAGAGACAAUUACGCCUUUGGAGGAUCCCAUGGUGAAGGAGGUCACCUACGUCCUACGGGAGUGGUACACACUUUGGAAGUCCCUCUUUAUGAAAUGGGGAGAGUUAAGUGUAACAGUUCAGGAAAUCAGGAAUGCUAUGCUACACUUGGUGUCGUUGCGAGGCAAGCUCAUCAGUGCUGCCUUGUCACAUGAACAAGCCAAGGAUCUCCGCCAGGAGAUCGCAACACUCAUAGACUGGGGGGCUGUAAAACUGGGUAUGGACUUUGUGCCACGAGUUGAAGGAGAACAAGUUGAUCCGGAACAAAACAGUGUGACUGGGCUUUACAGACUCCACUCAAAAAGCACUUCCAACACUACCUCAGAUAUACCAAAGAAACGCAGUAGCAGUGAGUCUCAGAACUUGAGAGGGGAUGGCAAGGGAGAGGGGAUGUACCAUCUUCUCGUCAACUUUCGGUCAUCACAGUGUGCCAUUAUGGAGGAGUCUGUCCUCUACCUGUCUGUGUACAAUGCCAGAGAACGGAAAUUUAUCAGUGAACAGUUUGAAGUGUGUGUAAGCAAGAAUGGCUUUCCACAAGACCCUGACAAAGUUAAUGGAUACUACGGUCUGUUUUCAGACUUAUCUUCAGAAGAUCUGAACAAAACCUUGUUUCUAGUUAUCAAAAUUUACAGAUGUGGUAAAAUGUUAGCUACAACGCAACAGAAGGGUGCAGGACGUACGUACAGACGUCCAUUCGGAGUCGGAGUGAUGAAGGUUGAGGAAGUGAGACAUAUGUCUUCCACAGAUAAGGAGUAUGAAACAAUGAUGAAGGUCACCAGUUGUGUGGACAGUGAGAACUCCUUCCCAGAUCAACAUGAGAGCCUGAUCAGGAAGGCUCUGCAGGAAAAGAGUGGCAGCAGACUAGGAGCAAGCUUUAAGGAAGAUAAAGUUAAUUUAGGUGUUACAUUUUCAUUCAAGAUGUUCCAAGGUGACCUACAAGCAAUCAAAACAGAGGAGGCCAUCUUGUUUUCCAAGGGAGUUACUGUGAUACCGAAACUCAGUUUUACUGAUCUUAUCAUUAACCCAGGUCAAUUGAGGAAUGACAUCUACCUGACACUAGUCAGUGGGGAGUAUGAUCGUGGCAAGAAAAAGUCGGAGAAGAACGUAGAAAUAGUUGUGACUGCACUUGACUCUAACGGAGUAGAAAUCAAGAACUGUAUGAGCUUUGGAUGUGGAGAGAAACCGCAAACCAAUUUUUACUCGACAAUCUAUUACCAUGACAACAGUCCACAGUGGAACGAAACAGUCAGGUUAUCAGUGCCAAUGGAAAUGCUACCUAAAUCCCUAAUUAGAUUUGAUAUUUAUCAUUGUUCAACUAGAGGAAGAGAAAGUAAGAAACCAGUAGGAUUUGCUUUCUUAUGUGUAACUAACAACGAGGACAUUGUUAUACACGACGGGUCACAUGACCUGUGUAUAUACCAGUGUGAGGACAUCAGCAAGGUGGUAUUCAGGAAGUAUCGAAGACUGCCAUAUUUGUAUGAUGACACUGGAGAGGCAAGAAUGUCCAUGUUUCCUAGCAACCAGCCCUACAAGAAAAGUGCAAAAGAGAAAUUGACCGUGAAGACUCAGCUGUGCUCUACCAAAUACACCCAGACAAGUGACCUUUUGGGCCUACUGCAGUGGAAACUUCCAGAAAACCAGCAGCGUCUCCCUACAAUAUUGGACCAAUUCAGUAAAAUAGAGGGCGUUGAAAUCAUGAAGUUCCUCCCUGAUGUGCUGGACUCUCUCUUUGCCAUCAUGACAGACGGCUUUGCUAAUGAAGACACCAACACCUCCAAAGUGUUCCAAGUUCUGGUCUACGUACUGAACCUCCUAAGGGACAGUCGGUUUGUCACCUUCUUACCUGUGCUAGAGAACUACCUGUCCGGCCAAUUUUCCUCACCUGUAGUUCACAGAGAUAUGCUGAAAUGUUUUGCUGAGGGGAUACAUUGUUACUGUGAAGGCGGGGUCUUCACAGUGUCUCUCUGUCUAAAGGUGUUAGAACAGAUUCUACGGUUUGUGGUGCGAUCCAGAGAACUACAGCUCAGCCUCGGCAGUGGAGAUGAGAUUGAAUUCAAGAAGAAUCUUCAGGACCUUUUUGCUAAGAUGGGGGAGCUGGUGUCACGUAAUAAUGACAGGACAAAGAUAUCCCAGAUGGCUUUGCUGAGUAAUCUACAUUUGGCGUAUGGACCCUUACGAGGUGUGCUCACUCUACGGGAGAUGGCAGAACUUGUUGUCAUGGUAAUCACCAGAAUGCCAAAAUCCAAGGAACUACCAGAGGAUGUCCAACGCAACAAACUGGAAUUUAUACAGGAAACGGUCAACUCGGAGCUAUUCCAGGCCGAUGAAUCUCGGAGCAUCAUUCUACCCCUGUGUCUGAGUCAGAUAAAGUACUGUAUGAUAGAAAAGUUUAUGCUGCCACAAGUCACCGGUAUCCUUGGCGACAUCCUCAACAAUGUGUUCCAGAUGAAACAGCGGCAUAAUGGAUCAAGAUCUCAACCGCGGAAACGGUGUAUGCAGCAGGAUAUGAAGACAAUGGUGCUGAGCGUGUUUGAGGUGAUACUGCAGACUGUACUAGCCCUAACAGAGAAGUCAGUCCUGCCGUUACAUCACCAGCAAUCCAUUCUGGAGAAGUCCGACACUGAGCAGAAAUCUCCCUUACCUCGGAAAAGGAUCCUUCCUGUUAGAACUUCUUCACACUUAGUUGAUAGACCGAGACCCGAAAAAUAUAAUGAAUUUCGACCGAAAACAGAAUUUGAACCUGUAAAACGGAAAAGGAUUGAGAUCAACCACAUGGUGCCCAUGUGUCAGGAUACACAAUCUGUCAUCAUCCCGUCCUCCAGUCCCGCUGCAACACUGUCAGCUGAAAAACUGGCAAAAGUUUCUGGGGAGCUGAUAUCCUGCCUGGUUGACAUGCUACGCUUGAUGGACGAACAUCAUUAUGAGGCAGUGAUGAAAAUGUUUCCAGAACAGCGACCCCUCAAGGAUUUUCUGUUGCGAGUAUUUCUGACAUUCCAAGAGCUGAUCAAGCAAGAAGUGUUCCCUACACAAUGGACAGUCAUGAGGCUAGUCACCAACAACGUGAUAUUUACAGCAGUAGAAUACUUCUCCCAGGCACUCACCAAAAACUUUCUACAUCAUGAAGAUUUUGACUUGGGUCUUUGGCAGCACUACUUUAACCUAUCUGUGGCCUUCAUCACCCAGCCAAGUCUUCAGCUAGAGAAAUACUCCGAGGCCAAGAGAAAGAAGACUAAGGAGAGAUAUCAAGACAUGCGGGUACCCAUGGGCUAUCAGAUACAGACGCUGUGGGAAAAACUGGGAAACAAUCAACGUCACUUCAUACCAUCUCUGAUUGGUCCACUCCUCGAGGUCACCUUGGUACCAGAAAAUGAACUGAGGUCUGCCACGCUGCCAAUCUUCUUUGACAUGAUGAAAUGUGAACAGAGGAUUAACGGAAACUUCCUCUUGGUGGAAAAUGAAAUGAUAGAGAAACUGGAUGUUUUUAUCACAACCUGUAGUAAGGGAGACAACCAGUACCGGGAACUCUUCAGAAAAAUACUUUUGGACAAAGUGCAAGCAGACCCGACACUCCAAGAAAAUGGCAGUCAGUUUAUCUUGUCCGUCACCAGUCUGCUGGAACGACUUCUCGACUACAGGAAUGUAUAUGAUGGAGAGGAAAAUAGUGACAGACGCAUGCAGAGUACCUUCAAUAUCCUCAACUUCUACAAAGACAACAGUAAUAGACAGGAGAUGUACAUGCGCUACAUCAAGAAGCUAUAUGACCUUCACCUCUCGGCCAAGAACUAUGUUGAGGCUGGCCUCACCUUACAAUUGUAUGCAAAACUGCUGAAUUGGACCGAUGACAUCAAACAAGGGGAGAUGGGCUACCAUCCGCAACCAGAGUGGGAGAGGAAAGAGGGCAUGUACCAAAAGGUCAUAGAGUGCUUUGACAAGGGCAAGGUGUGGGAGUUUGGCAUUCCACUAUGUAAAGAACUGGCAAAGUUCUAUGAGGAGAGACUGGAGUAUCGCAAACUCAGUCAGAUUCUGCAAAAACAGGCUGCUUUCUUCAGUAAAAUAUUGGACGGCGUGGAAGUGGUGGAAGACGGACAGAAGAAAUUCUACCCCAGACAGAAGCCCAGCUUCUUUAGAGUGGCAUACUAUGGUCGCAACUUUCCUCCGUUCGUCAGGAACAAAGCAUUUGUGUACCGAGGCCAUGAGUGUCUGAAAUUACAAGAUGUAAUAAACCAGCUAACACAAGAGUUUCCCUCGGCAACCAUUAUGCAGAAGAACACGAACCCGACGGAAGAGAUGAUGGAAGGCGAGGCACUGAUUAUACAGAUCUGUGGUGUUAAGCCAGUAGCUGAGAAGAGACCAGAAUUUAGACACUGUCCUAACGCUGCCACAGAAAUUCAACAAUUCUACAAUGUCAAUGAUGUUGAUACAUUCCAGCUUGAUAAGUCUGUCUACCGUGGCGAGAAAGACAAGGAUAAUGAGUUUAAGUCCCUGUGUACAGAACGGGUUCUGAUGAAAACAAGCUAUAAGUUCCCUGGGAUAUUACAAUGGUAUGAGGUUGUCAAUACUGAGACAGUAACCUUGAACCCUCUGAGGACGGCCAUUGAAGCAGUGAAAAAGGCAUGCCGAGAACUAAAGAGCACUAUCAGAGACUGUGAGCACAAUCAGACUGACGACAACAUCAAGCACUUGUCCAUGCUGCUAAAUGGCAUGAUCAGUGCUAAUGUAAUGGGAGGCAUUCCUAAGUACAAGGAGGCUUUCUUCUCCAAUGAGUUUGCGAUAGAACAUCCAGAGGAGACAUACCUCUGCCCAGAGCUGAAGCGUUGUAUACAGGAACAAAUAGGCCUGCUGGAUAAGGGUCUGAAAAAAAUGAAAACGGCUGGUCAUAAAGAUCUGACUGCCAUGGUAAACAAUCUGGAGGGGAUACUCAAAGAUAUCAAAGAGAGUGUGGAGGACAAGGACUCACAGAGACCACAAAACAGACGGUCAGAUUCAGGAAAUGCCAGUCUCUGCGACAAUAGUGUCCAGUAUCUUACCCGCCCAACUACCCCCAGUACCUACUCUGUAAAUUCCAGCGGCAGCAGCAACAGAUCCUCUGAGUGCUCAGUCUCCAUAGAUGGGCAGUCUCACGAUGACGUGUAUACAGACCUAGAGGAGAACCCACAUCAGCAUCCUCCACAUCACUUUAACCUUUCACCCCUAAUACCUCCGCCUCCACCGGAAAAGAGACGACAUAGUCAGCACAUCCCUGUAGGGAGUUCCGGGCAACAUGUCUUCUUUGGAAGCCCCAGAGCAGCUGUGCCCCCUCCAAUACCGUCACGGCCACACUCACUGUGUUUGAAUGGGCUAGCAGCCCAACAGGUAGCAACGCAGAUGCAGACCUCUCGUCAUGGUAGUGACCCAAACAUCAAACAGACCAGACCAACAAGUUCUUAUUCCAUCAGACAUGAAGGAGAGUACCUGUAUCCAGAGGGACCACCUACACCAUGUGCAAAGGAGUCAAAGAAACGAGAUGUUUAUGUGACCCCCCUCAGUCCCCCAAUCCCUACCCAUGGACGACACUUGUCCACUGGGGAGAGUCCGCCUCCCUCCCCAUCCCCCAGUAUGAUGUCAUCAGCAUCCACCCCAGCACUCCCACCACGAAAACUCUCAGAGUCCACAAAUGAAGAUGCACCACCUUCCCUUCCAAGGAAAGCAUCAACAGGUCAACCAAUACUCCCACCUAAGUUAACUACCGGAUGUAAACCUGUGAAAGGGGGAAUAUCACGACCUGCUCCUCCACUCCCUCCUCGUCAACCUACCCCUUCCCCGAAAUCUCCGGAACAGGAAUCGCAACUGUCCCGAUCUGUGUCAAAUGUCUCUACUCACAGUAACGACAGAGUGACUGUACGGCUAAACGAUUCGAGCUCUACAAAUCUGAACAAUUCUAACAGUGCUGACUAUAAACAGGUGGAGGAUGGGUCCAAUGACCCACCGCCUAUCCCACUGAGACACAGUCAACGGAUAGAAUCCCCACCACAGGUGUCGUCACGAUUGUCUUUACCCGAUAGAAAGUCCACCGUGUCAAUUGAGUUUGAGAACACGCCUUUGUAAGACUGACACUCCGGCGACUCAUUGUGAUCUGUGAUUUUAUAUUGAAUCGUGCUACAGUAUAUAUAUAUAUAUAUAAUGAGAUGUGUAUAGUUCAGUAUUUCCUUCCUUGGAAAGUUGUACAAUAUGGAUGUGCAAUUUCUUUACGACGUGUAUAUAUGUAUACAGGGUGAUAUAUGUUAUGGUGAUUUUUAACACAUGUCUUAUCAGACAAAACAACAGUGUAUUGAUCUUCACCAAAGGAGCAAUAUUUCAAGGAAACAUGAAUUGUAUUUUUACCAAAGGACAAAUUGUUGUUUGUUUCACUUAGCUGCAAUGAAAACUGCUUUAAGAUUGGAGUAAAUACUCUGUUUUCAUUCUAACUCUUUACACAGGAAGUUAAUAUUAUUACGUUGAUAGACUUGUAUUGAUUGUUGAACAAAUUGAAUGAUCUCAUUCUACAGAACACUGUACGGCUAUUUAGACAGGCCCAUUAAACUAUUCCCUUAACAGUU